AUGUAUUCGUUGUUCUUGGUGAUCCUGUGUUCUGGUCUCUGCUUUGCCAGCUCAGACAGUGACUUAGAGACACUGAUGGAUCAUGUUGUGGUCCUGAAGGUGCCAAAUGGUUUUGGCAACAUGAUAAAAGUCCAUCUGACCUGUGGAGAAGCUUAUGAGAACCAGCCUGUGUUUUGGAAGAAAAAUGGUGAGGAGCUUCAACCGCCUCUGCAGGGGAACCAGAUCUCAGUUUGGGUCAAAGAGAUGAACGGAGGAAACUACACAUGCCACCUCAGCCCGAACGGAGACUACCUCAACCACACUGUGAUCCUAGUCCAGCUGGAUCCAGACAACAGGACUGUCAUUCUGGAGGAGAAAUCCCCUGAAGAAGGUCACAUCCACUGCUCGGCGCCAAACUACAAAGGUUCCUUUCACUGCACCUGGACCAGAACGCAGCACCGAUCCCAUGCAGCUGUGCUCCUGGUGAAGGCAAACYGUCAUAUGGAMAACAUCACCUGUCAGCUGGAUGCUGAUGGAGCUGGAGUUCACUGUCAGGAAGAUAACUGCCCUUACAAAGAGGAACGAUAUCCCAUCUCUCUGACGGUUUACAUACACAGCUACUCCCGCCUGGAGGCCUACACCAAGUCCUUCUACCUGAGAGAGAUCGUGAGACCAGCCAGACUCCCUAACYUACAUGUCGGGGAUGGCCAAGUGUUCAGCUGGGACUAUCCUGACUCCUGGGAGAAGCCCUGCACCUACUUUGGCCUCCAAUUCCAGGUCAAGCUUGUCCACCAUGGACACUUCUGUGACAGUGAGAGGCUCAUAAUGAGUAACAUGACCGAAGAGACAAAAUACGUGGUCAAUAUCAAGUCCAAGAAGUACAUUUUCUGUGUGCGAGCUCAGGACAAGUACACCCUGGGGCCAUGGAGCCACUGGAGUCAGUGUGUAGUGAACAAAAAUAACAUGAAUGGUUGCUAAUUUCUGUUUCUGCUCAGUUGUCCUGAGAGAACGAAAGGACUCCCGUUCCUUUACAUGUGAUGUUUUUUUCUUUUCUUUUAAGUUUCCACAUUUUUUAAUGUUUUGUUCAAAGAGAAGCAGGAGUAUACAAGUACAGUAUUUAUUAAGCUUCCACUGUUCAGUCAUUUAGGUUUUGUAAAUGACUAAAAUGAAUAGGUUUUCUCAAGUUGUCUUAACUUAUUUGUAACUAACUUUAAAAGUUUUGUCUUUUUAUACAUUUUAAUAUUCCAUAAUAAAAAUAAAAGCAUUUA